GCCACACCUCGCCGCGCAAGCACCUGAUCCUCCUCUCCCUGGCGCCGACCCCCUCAAGGCAAUUGCCGUACGCCUGCCUUCCGUACCGUAUGCGCGGGGAGCCUAUACGCCCACCCCAGGCGUCGGCCCAUGUUGCUCACUUUGCGAGUGUUGUUCGGUGUCGCGAUUGCGCGGUCCUUGCGGCGGGCGCAUCAGAACAACACUCGCAAAGUGAGCAACAUGGGCCGACGCCCGGUGCAGAACUCUUUGGUGCGGCCUUAACCGGCGUGGGCUUCAAAUUGGCAAAUGACCCAGUGCAGGCCGCGCGGCUCAGCGUGCUGCUCCGUGGGGGCGAGGCGAUUGCCUCAUGCACGGUCCCUGCGCGCCCCCGCGGCCCGGAAGCGAGCCAUUGCGAAAGCAGCGAGGCGUUUCGUGGCCUAAGUGUGUCUACGGAGGGCGCGCCCGUCCGUCUGGAGACCCACCUUCCCCCGCCGCGGAAGAUGCUUUGGCCCCGCGCGCUCUCGCAACACGAACGCCACGCCACGCACACACCCCCCCCCCCCCUCUCUCCGAGACACUGGGGGUUUGCACGGCGCUAUCCACCUGAAACCCGCCCCAACAUUGUUAGAUGGAAAAGCGGCGACAACAAUUCCGCUGCCAAGAAACGCUGUCCUUAG